AUGGGAAAAGGUCUGAAAGAUCAAAAAAAAAAAAAUUGCUCCACGGCAGGUUCGAACUGUCGACCUUCAGAUAACACAGCGCAAACUAUGAGACUGACGCUCUGCCUACUGAGCUAG